AUGGACGACGACACGCAGAGGCUGUUCCAGAGGGUGGCUGGGAAACUGGGCUGGACCAAGCCUGGAGGACUGGACGCCACAGCGAGGGAGCUGCUGAGGAGUGUGGGGAAGAGUGAGCAGGUGGUGCCGGGACGGGCAGGCUCUGGGAAACAGAGGGGUGAUGCCAGUCCUCCUGCAGUGCGGCCCCCCACCACUAGGCGGCAGCUCCCCAGUGAGCAGGCGCUGAGCUCUGACAGCGAUGGCAGCUUUGAUGACUAUCUGAGCCGUCUGCACACACCCAAGCUGAAGCCGUUAGCGUCCCUGGGGGAUGGCAGUGACGACAGGGCACCCCGGGCAGCAGCCCUGGACAGCAGCACCCGGGAUCUGUUUCAGAGGGUGGCAGGGAAGCUGGGCUGGUCCAAUCCUGGAGGACUGGAGUCUGCGGAGCAGGAGCUGCUGAGGAGUGUGGGGAAGAGUGAGCAGGUGGUGCCAGGACGGGCAGGCUCUGGGAAACAGAGGGGUGAUGCCAGUCCUCCUGCAGUUCAGCCCCCCACCACUAGGCGGCAGCUGUCUGACAGUGAGAGUGAGGGGGGCAGCACCUCGGAGAAGGAGACGGAGAACGAGCAGCGAAGGGGCCCCAGUGAGCAGGUGCUGAGCUCUGGCAGCGAUGGCAGCUUUGAGGACUUCCUGAGCCGUCUGCAGACACCCAAGCCAAAGUCCUCGGUUUUACUGGGGGGCAGCAGUGACAAUAGUCUGCAACACUUCAUCGUCAGCGACGGCUCCUCGGGGGAUGACUUCGUCACGGAGAAGAAGAAGCUGCCCCAUAUCAGAGGGCACCGGCGUACCCCGGCCAGCCAGCCCGCCGCGAGACGCCCCCCUUCCUGGAGGGAGCGUCCCAUCUUCCUCAGCGACAGCGAUGACGAGGGCGGGGCAGGCCGGAUCACCUGGGGCUCUCGGAAAGGCGGGGUGCCUCAGCGCCUCAACUCCGCGGGGCUAGAGGAGGAGGAGCAGCAGCAGCAGCAGGCGGUGAAGCCCAAGUCCACGCCCUCCGCUCCCGCCCCCUCCAGGAGGGCGCAGAGCGAGACGGCCCAGCCGCCCCGCCUCGACAGCUCGGACAGCUCCAACGAGGAGUUUGAAUCUCUGCUGGCGAGGAUCAGGAAGAACCGCGGCGUAGGAGUCGGCAGCACACACACCCCGCCUGCAGCCAGCAAGGAGCCCAAGCCCUGUCUCUCCUUGCCACCCGCAGGAGGCCAGGGGAGUCGGCCAGCGGAGAGGGCGGCACAGCUUGAGGUGACCCCAGUGCACCCGACGGUCAAGCGCCCUGUAGUGAGCCAGACCGAGCCCCGGGCAGCUAACAGCAAAAGAAUAGUGCUGUGCAAGACCCCUGGCUGUUUCCUGGAGUCCCUGUCCGACCCCCGUUCCUCCUAUGUCAGGGGCUUCAAGCAGACCCGGCAGGAGCUGAGCCAAAAACUGUAUCAGCUCUACAACAGCACUGUGUUCGACAGCAAGCUCCCCGCCAUGUCGGUCAUCUGGAAUAAGAAGAUGCGGAAGACGGCGGGGUACUGCGUAACGGGACAGCAGCAGGGCCAGCGCUACGCCCGAAUCGAGCUCUCCGAGAAAGUCUGCGACUCUGCAGAGCGCCUGAGGGACACCCUGGUCCACGAGAUGUGCCACGCGGCCACCUGGAUGAUCAACGGCGUGCGCGACGGUCACGGCCAGUUCUGGAAGAUGUAUGCCCGCAAGGCCACUGUGGUACACCCUGAGCUGCCCGUGGUCACCCGCUGCCACAGUUAUGACAUCAACUACAAGUACCAGUACCAGUGCAGCCGGUGCAAGAACACGGUUGGCCGGCACUCCAAGUCGCUGGACACGCAGAAGUUUGUGUGCGCGCUCUGUACCGGUCAGCUGGUGCUGCUGACUCCCGCCAAGUCCAGAGGCGCCACCCCCUUCGCCACCUUCGUGAAGGAGCAUUAUGGGACAGUGCGGCAGGAGCUGCAGGGGCAGGGUCACGCGGAGGUCAUGCGAAAACUCAGCGCCGACUUUGCCAAGACGCGGCUUGCUGACCCCUGCGGCCCCGAGCACGUGAGACAACGCCAACCCUGCAACACGCGCACAUAAGACGCGCAAGCUGGACGCAAACAGUGUUGGCAUUAGUCAGUGCUUUUGAAAUCCAGCCUUGUUUUUAAACUGUGAAAUAUAGCGUUAACUCCAGGAGUCUGCAGUAGACAGAUUAUGCUGCUUGGACGGAAGUUAACGUUGUCAGGACUGCAGGACAGGAGGUGCCACUAGUGGGUUAACAGUCCUGCCUUUUUAAUUCUGUUAGUCCAAAGAAGAAUUGGCAAACUGGGGAAUUCAGGUCUUAACUAACCCAACUGUUCCCAUUCUGUGCUGAAAGUACUCGUCACACAGUACAGGGGGCAGCACAUCUUUGCUCCAGGGCAGGGGUAAUCAAUUUCAGUCCUCCAGUGCUCCAUUUACCUCUGGUUUACAUUCCAUCUCGGAGCGCAAUGGUUUGAUUGAGCUAAUUAAAAAGUCAGAUGAACUGGUUUACAGGUUUCAAUGUGGUGCUAAUUGAAAUGUACGUCUAGAAAGGGGCAUCAAACUCAGUUCAUGGAGGAGCCAGUGUCUUCUGGAUUUUAUUCCAUCCUAGUCUGGUCUAUCAGACAUUUAACUGUUAAACCUUCCACCCUGAAAAUAAGUCUUAUAGGUAACUGUACAUUCAUUGGAGUGCAUUAUUUUCAGUAAUCACCUGUAAAAGACUUGAAGAAAAAUCCUUUUUAUGUCCAAUUAAGAAAAUAAGUGUUUAAUUGACUGACUGCACAGGUUUGACGAAAAACCAGAAGACACUUAGCUGUCCAGGAAGUUUCUGACAUCCUUGUUCUAGACCCUGCAGAAAACCCAGCACUCGAGGUCUUGUAGGUGCCUACCCCUGCUCUAGAGCCUAGUGUUCACGGUAGCUGGAUACACACACACCAUACCUCUGCCAGUCAGCUGGUCCUAAUGCACUUCAGUAGCUCCUAAGGAGAACACAGUUUACAAAUUCAGCUCUAUACAGAGUGCAGCAUGGAGUGAGUUGAAAAUGUUUAGUAUCCUGUCUUGUAGCAAUGCAGCAAUUCUGCUCCAUAUAACAAUAUGUCCACCCCUGCAUGAAUUCUGAAACCUAUGAGUUAGUUUGCACUUGGGUCAUUAUUGCUAACAAGUCUGUGACUUGCAUCAAGAAUUAAGUGCAGGUUACUUUUUUGAUAUUCUGCCUCUAGUGACUGCCAAGAAAUCCCAGAUAAUACUUCAGCAGCUACAGUGAGCAUACGGUCAAAACUGGGAGUUAAACUACAGCAGUAGUUGCAAACAGUUUGAGUUUUCCAGCGAAACAUUGCUUUCAAAAAGUGCAAAGCCACCAUGAUGCAUUGUUGCCGUCUGUAACAACUGAUCCAGGAGCGAAACGGAACCAUUGUCCUGAAGCACUCGAAGGGAAAGAGGUUUUGAUUUCAUGUAGAUCAAUAAUAUUGUUGUUAUGAAUGUAAACUGUAGGUUCUGUCAAAUUAUGUGAUGUCUGUUCUUAUGAGUGUUCUUAUUGUUGGCCUGUUCCUAUUGGGAACGGAUAACUCUUAGAUGUGUCUCUGUACAUUUUAGUAGUGUUGAACUCCAAUAAAGAUCUCAAUUUUUUAAAUU